AUGAAACGGUGUUUGAAGAACUCAGGAACCUCCGAGUCUGCCUCCUCUUCAGAGUCUGAGUCGGAAGACUGGUGGAAGCUCGAACGGUCGUCGUCGUCAGAAGGCUCGGAAAGAUCAACAGCAGCCAUCUUGGCGGCGAGAUCGGCCUCGGUCGACUUCUGCAUGGAGCUGAUGUUCAUCUUUCUCACGAACUCUGAGUCCGUGGAUCUAUUCACCGGAGGCAUGGUGUUUGCGGAAAUCGAUGGAUACAACGUUCCAAGAGAAACCGGCUUUGGAUGCAGAGGAUCCAUGUUCAUCGAAGAGGACAUGUGGUUGAAGUAA